AUGAAAUUGCCAACAUCUGUCAGAUUAGGAAACUCUGGUUUAAAAAUCUCCCGUCUCAUCGUGGGAUGUAUGUCAUAUGGUUUGAAGGAAUGGCAAGAUUGGGUUAUCGAAGAUAAGGAAGAGGUCUUCAAGUUACUCAAGCACUGCUACGAUAAUGGGUUAAGGACUUACGACACAGCCGAUGUCUACAGUUAUGGCGAAAGCGAGCGGCUGCUGGGCGAGUUUUUAAAGCACUAUAACAUUGACCGGGAGACCGUCGUGAUUUUGACAAAGAUAUUUUCCCCGGUAAAGAGAGGUUUCAAGCCAUUUGGUGAGACCCAGAAACCUUCGCCAAUGGAAGUCCUGGAGCUUGAAAACCAGAGAGGCUUGUCAAGAAAACAUAUUUUGCACGGCGUACAGCAAUCUGUGGAGCGUUUGGGAACUUAUAUCGACGUCCUUCAGGUACACAGAUUAGAUCGUGAGACGCCCAUGGAAGAAAUAAUGAGGGCUUUAAACGAUGUAGUUGAAUCCGGGCAAGUGAGGUAUCUGGGCGCUUCAACUAUGCGAGCAACAGAAUUUGUAGAAUUGCAAUUCAUUGCAGAAAAGCACGGGUGGUUCAAGUUUAUCAGCUCUCAAUCAUGCUACAACUUAUUGUAUAGAGAGGACGAGAAGGAACUCAUUCCUUUUGCGCAAAGGCAUCAAAUUGGGCUGAUACCAUGGUCCCCUCUCGCGAGAGGCUCUUUGACUAAACCCGUUGGGGGCAAGAGCAAUAGGAGCGUCUCUGAUGCCGGGAUGAUGGUGGUAGGAGAGGUCAAAGAUGACAGUGAAAUACAAAUAAUCUCUCGAGUCCAAGAAGUUGCUGGGAAUCGUAGUGUGAGCAUGGCGAUGGUUUCGACAGCUUGGGUGUUGAAAAAAGGCUUGAAUCCAAUUUUGGGCCUAAGUUCGAUUGAGAGAAUUGAUGAGGCCAUAAAAGCUCUAGAGCUUGAGCUCACCGAUGAUGAAGUGAAGUAUUUGGAAGAGCCGUAUCAGACAAAGAAGCUUAUAUUCUGA